GUUUGCCUGUUUGGUAUCUUCGGUAAUUUAAUAAAUAUCUCCGUGUUUGUUAAACAAGGCCUGGCCAGAUCAAUAAAUGCAAGUUUCUUCGCCAUGGCCGUAACGGAUCUGUUGGAGGUCAUCGCUCAAAUCUGGCACAACUUUUGUUUGAAUCCGUACUUGGCACAGCUGGAUUCAGUCAUUGAUUUCGGCGCCAUCAAGUAUUUGACCGCCGCGACCCCCGGUGUACUUCUUGUGAGAAUCACUGGCUGGAUAGCCGUGUUUAUUACCGCGGAAAGAUGUAUGUCUAUCGCUGUGCCGCUGAAGAUCAAACAAAUCGUAACUCCGAGACGAACGGCGGCCACCUUGGUCUUCAUCUACGUCAUGAACUUUGCGGGAAUCGUUCCCCUUUACAACGCAGCGUAUUUCAGUUGGACCUUUGACCCCGUCCGGAACAGGACAAAGGUCGGGAUAUCCUUCAGACACAACGUAGACGAAAUGACGAGUUGGAUUUCUUCCUAUUACAGCGGAAUGACGAUCAUCGCUUUCGUUUCGGUCAUCAUAUUCACCAACAUCUUGGUUUUAGCGUUGAAGCAAAAAUCCAAAUGGCGCCGCAAGUCGGCCGCACAAGCCAGUCAACCGGAGACGAUGUCGUCCAAAGAGAGGAAGACCGUCCACACGGUGAUCGUGGUGGCCACGGUUCUGAUCGUCUGCUACACCCCUGGGAUAUUUUUCAACAUAGCGACGUCGUUGAGCGACGUGUUCAGUCUCUCCGGUCGACAGAUCAACGUGAUCCAGGCCGCGUGGUCCUUUGCCUUCCUCCUCCACUCCGUCAACUCGAGCAUCACCGUUCUCCUGUACUACACGACGAGUUCCAAGUAC